GAUUGAUUGAAAACCCCAAACGUUUUUAUUUAACAAGUUGCGGCCGCUCAUAAAACCAAACUCUUUACCUUCAUUACUUCGCUCUUUCUGUUUUCCUUUUUCUUUUUGAGUUACAAAAGAUGGCAUCGGAUGAGAGUAUGACGGUUGUUUCUUCUAUGCUUGAAGAUGAAUUUGAUGAUAUUGAUGUUACGUUUGAUCAUGAUCAUCAUGCUCAUCCACAUAACUUGUCCAGGCUUUCCAUGUGCACUAGUUCCAUGUCGAGAUUGUCAAUCGAGAGCUUCGAUGCUGAUGUCGACGAAGAGUUCUUCGACAAAGAAGAAUCGGUUCAGCUGUCUUCUGAUUCUGAUAAAGAACCUGGUUGUUAUUCUCUACCGGCGACGCCGCCUCGUCGGAGGAGGAAUCGGACCAGGGAAGCGUUGGCUCAUCAGUUGAUGGGAGUGGUCAAGGAUUACGCCAGUGAAAAUGAAGCUCUGAAGGGGGGUUUCGGGAGGCCAAAAGGGAGCAAGAAUUUGAGGAAGAGGAGGGUUAUCAGGGAGAGAGGCGCGGAUAUGGAGGGUAAGAAUGGUUACCAAGAGAAAGGUGAGGAUUUCAUGGUGGGUUACAGCAAUUACAGUGGAAGUUUCAGCGGCGAGAGUGAAGGCGGUAACGGCGCCGGCGUGGUGGUGAUCAUAAGGCCAAAAGGUGGCAAGAGGUCACUGUGUAUGGAUUUGGAGGAAGUGAAAGCGUGUAGGGACCUGGGUUUCGAAUUAGAACAUGAACUCAUGUUGGAGAUGCCCAGUGCCACUGCAGGCCGUGUUUCAUUCUCAGGUUCCACUUUCGACACCGCCAGUAGUGGCGGAGAUUCUCCCAUUGCCAACUGGCGUAUCUCUAGCCCUGGUGAUGAUCCAAGGGAUGUUAAGGCUCGGCUGAAGGUGUGGGCACAAGCAGUGGCGCUUGCAUCCUCAUCAUCAUCCAGGCAUUGCACUUGACGUCCGAGCUACUCUUAACUAUCAUAAGCUACUAUUUUUGUUUCCCUGUUUUAGCCUUUCUUUCGAAAAAAAAUGAAGUUUUUCCGAGGUUUAUUCUACUUUUACCACUUCUGUUAGAGAAAUUCAGGCACUUUUUUCAAUCAUGUAUAGCUUUUGCGCUUGUAAAUAUGAAUAUGAUUGGCUUAAACUGGACUUUCUCUU